CUAUACUUCGAUUGCAAAGAGAGAAAAUGAAAUUCGUUUGAUAUAUUAUUGAUAACCAUCCUUUUUAUUUCCAAUUGCACAGAUAGUUUGAGGUCACGAAAUUGUGUUUUUCUUCUUGUUGGAAACUACAAGAAACUAGUGGAACAAAUGGUCGGUUUUACAGGCCAAUAAAAGAUAUUUGACUAUUCCCCAUACCGCAUAAACCGCUAUUGUCUUCUAAAGCUGAGAGGAAGGAUUCAUUUAAAGUUGAUAUUAUCGACCAUUUGUACUUAUCUCGAGAAAAUUGUUAAGUAAUCCAUGGGGCGUCUGGAUUCAUGAAACAUUUAAGACCUAAACAUACUGGCAACACUGACAUGAUGAGAAACAAGCUGGGAAUUUUCGGCUGAAGAUUCGUAUCUUAUAUACACGAAAUGGACGUGUUCUGCUUGGUAAUGCUCGUCAUAUUCUGCUGUGGUCACGUGGUACACUCUAGGCCAUCAAACAAACAAGAACACGGCAAACUCCGAAACGAUACGGCCAGCGGCAACUUCACUGCAUCGCAGAAUAAGAGUUUUGUUAGUCAAAAGCUUGAUGAGAAAAAUGUAAAUAAUAAAGUGAGGCACUUGGACGCAUCUGAAAUGCUCAAAAUACUUCUGAAAAACUACGACCGACGGAUAAGGCCUGGCCUUGAAGAAGGUCCAGUUGAAGUGCAAGUCAACAUGUUUGUUUCGUCAAUAGAAGGGUUUCAAGAGCUUACCAUGGACUUCUCCAUGACGAUCUAUUUUCGUCAAUGGUGGCGUGACUCGCGCUUGGCGUACGGUGACAUGUACCACAGGGAUUCCGUGACAAUAGGUGGCGAUAUACUCAAGCAAAUAUGGCUUCCCGACACGCACUUCGAGUACGAGAAAAAGCCCAAGGAUCGCACGCGUGAUCAUGUGUUCUUGUUGAAGCUGUGGAGGGAUGGUACCAUCAUGUGGAGCAGAAGCGAUUCUAUCACAACAACCUGCGCCAUGGACCUGCGCAGCUACCCAAUGGAUACCCAGAGAUGCAACUUCUCCAUUGAAAGUUUUGGAUACCCCAUCAAUGACGUCGUCUACAAAUGGCGUCUCGGUAGAAGCGAUGAGGAUAUUAAAGUAAAACAAGACCUUGCUCUCACAAAGUUCACACUGUGGAAAAUCCAGACUUUUACAAAAAUUUCGCAUUAUGUCACAGGGUCUUUUUCAGGGAUUGUUGCCGAGUUCACUAUGACAAGAAGAGCGCUUUAUUACGUCAUCCAGAUCUUCUUGCCAUGCGCAAUGAUCGUCUUUCUCUCUUGGAUAUCAUUUUGGAUCGAUAGUCACUCGACGCCCGCUCGUAUCGCUCUCGGGAUCACAACUGUACUAUCGAUGACGACACUUCUUUUCGGCGUCCAAUCGUCCCUGCCAAAGGUCCCGUAUGUCAAGUCCCUGGAUGUUUACAUGUUUGUGUCGUUCACGCUGGUCUUUGCGUCUCUGAUCGAGUACGCAUGCGUGCAUUACAACAUCACAAAAAAAGACAGGGCGGUGUUCCAGGUCGCCCAGCAACAGAAGCAGACCCACAUGGAGAAGGCCACAGGUAACAAAGAAACCGUUCGACUGCUGCGAAGAAUGAAAGGUCAAUCGAUGAACUUCAAAAUGGCAGCUUUUGGCCGACUCGGGCCCACUUCAAAAAGCUCAACCGAGGCGGCGGCAUGGUCAGCGGUAAACCUCGUACCCAGUGCUUUGGAUGGAAAAUCGGUGCCUUCCGACGAGAACCUGGUGCCGAGAGUGAACUUGGUGGAUCGCUACUCCCGUGUUUUGUUUCCAUCAUUCUUCCUAGUAUUCAAUAUCAUAUAUUGGCCUAUCUACAUGCUAUAGAGGAAUAUCAUAUAUUGAUCUAUAUAUGCAUUAAAGGAACAUCAUUUACCCAACGCUGUUGUGACAAGUGAUACCGCUGACGCCAAUUACUACAGGUUCGGUGAAAUGCCUAGGGCUCUGGUUUUGGCUUGAAAGUACUUAAAAGUAAUAAUGCAACAGCAUAAGAAAAUUAACAAAUAAAUGAAAAACAAUUAUAUAAAUUAUCAAUUGCCAACAGGGUAGAAGUUCUGUUACGAAGCUAGAUUUAGUUAUUUGUAGUCCCUAGCGGAAACAUAAAAUUAGCCUUGUAGUCUCUUCUGCAAAGAUGUUUUUGUAGGAAACUCCCUAUAAGUCAGCUUUAUCAUAUUAAUCAAUAUUUGUGAAAGGCUCAGCUCAGAGGAAUUCCCACGGUACUCCAAAACUUUUCUUUUCAGCUGUUCCAAAGAUUCUAAUCUAAAUCACAUCCUCAGUAUCCGCCCCUGACGGGGCGUAAUUAGCCGAGUGUAAACCGUGAGAACCACCCCGAGCCGAGCCUCAUAAAAGGGGCCUGCACGCUCUAAGUAAAUCAGUGGAUCAUCAGUGCCAUGAAAGAUCCCAGAACUUGGUACCUCUCGUAACAGCAAGUUUAAUAAAAUGUUAUGUAAUAA